AUGGGCGCGAACCAGUCCAAGCCGUCGACCGAGAGCGCCUUGAGUGAGAAGAUGUCGAUCGAGUACCAGUGCACGAUGGAGUCCAGCAGCCAGGACGAAGGCCGCGAGGCCGGUUAUGUGUUUGUGGACCACCGGACCAGCGGCAGCACGCGCAAGGCCGAAGGGCUGUCACUGUCGCAGGUGUCGGGCUGGCAGAGCGAGGUGCUGGCGAGUGCAAAGAACCGACUCGCACUGACGGCACUGAGCGCGGCCGAGCCGAAAAAGGUGCUGCUGACACGCGAGGCCGCCAUGGCGGACCAGCACGUCUUCAGCCUGCAGAUCCCGUUCGAGGGCGGCCCGGUGACGAAUCAGGGCAGCAGCGGGCGGUGCUGGCUGUUCGCGGCGACCAACGUGUUCCGGGUGGCGCUGAUGCAAAAGUACGAGCUCGCCGGCUUCGAGCUCUCGCAGGCGUACCUCUUCUUCUGGGACAAGUUGGAGAAGAGCAACUGGUUCCUGGAGCAGGUGCUCGACACGGCGACGCUCGACCUCGACGGUCGCGUGGUCCAGACCCUGCUGGCCGCGCCCGUGUCAGACGGUGGCCAGUGGGACAUGGUGCGCAACCUGGUAGCCAAGUACGGAAUCGUGCCGCAAGCCCUGUAUCCCGACAGCUUCAGCGCGGCCGCGUCUCAGACGCUUAACCAGGUCGUGGCUACGCGGCUGCGGGCAGGCGCGCUGGAGCUGCGGCAGCUAGCACGUGACUCGCAGAUAUCUUUGUCAGCAUAUUCGUCUGCCUCACCAUCGGCAUCAUCAGCCCUCGCCGCGGCCAAGGACCGGAUCCUGCGCGACAUCCACACGGUACUGACGCUGACGCUGGGCCCGCCGCCGGCGGCCACGGCCGAGUUUACGUGGUCGUUUGUGGACCGGCGAGGAAGGGCGCGUCGCGUGCGCGCGUCGCCGCUCGCGUUUGCCGCCGACAUCUACAGCAGCUCGACGGGGCCGCUGCGCAUCUCCUCGGCGGCGAUCGACCGCAUGGUGUCGCUCGUGCACGACCCGCGCCACCCGCCGCUGUCGCUGCUGACGGUCGACCGGCUCGGCAACGUGGUCGGACCUGGGGCCCGUGGCAUCACGUACGUCAACGUCUCCAUGUCGACCCUCAAGGCUGGCUGCAUCGCGAUGCUGCGCGCUGGGCUGCCCGUCUUCUUUGGCUGUGACGUCGGCAAGUUCAGCGACCGCGAUGCUGGCCUCCUCGACCUCGCCCUCUACGACUACCAGCUCGGGCUCGGGCUCGACCUCCUCGCCGCCGACAAGGCCGCACGGCUCCGGUCCGGUGAGAGCGCCAUGACCCAUGCCAUGGUCCUCACGGCCGUCCACAUCGACCCUGAAAGUCAUCAGCCGGUCCGGUGGCGCGUCCAGAACAGCUGGGGCGAGGCCCCCGGCGCCCGCGGCUGGUUUCUUAUGACCGACGCUUGGAUGGACGAGUUCGUCUACCAGGCCGUCGUCGAUCCUCGCUUCCUUCCUCGCGACGUCACCGACGUCCUCAAGAAGGAUCCGAUCGUGCUGCCGCUGUGGGACCCCAUGGGUGCUUUGGCGUAG